GUGGCAGAAAUGACUGAGUCGGGAGCUCUGAAGUUGAUCGCGUCCAGGACCGGAGGCGAGCCGUGAGCCAACUCCAGGGUUCCCGGCUGCCGGAGGGGAGCAGGCUUCCCGGGCCGGGGGAGGAGGCCCGGGGACCAUGGCCGGCGCGGCCGUCCAGCUCCUGGGUUUCACGCUCGGCCUCCUUGGCCUGGUGGGGACGCUGACCGCCACCGUCCUGCCCCACUGGCGGAGGACGGCGCACGUGGGCACCAACAUCCUGACCGCCGUGGCGGUGCUCAAGGGCCUGUGGAUGGAGUGCGUCUGGCACAGCACGGGCAUCUACCAGUGCCAGAUCUACCGCUCGCUGCUGGCCCUGCCCCGGGACCUGCAAGCCGCCCGCGCCCUGAUGGUCAUCUCCUGCCUGCUGGGCGGCCUGGCCUGCUCCGCCUCCGUCGUGGGCAUGAGGUGCACCCGCUGCGCCAAGGGCACCCCGGCCAAGAACGCCUGCGUGGUCUGCGGCGGGGUGCUCUUCGUCCUGUCCGGCCUCCUCUGCCUGGGGGCCGUGUCCUGGACCGCCCACGACGUGGUGGUGAGUUUCUACAACCCUCUGGUCCCCAGCGGCAUGAAGUACGAGCUCGGCCAAGCGCUCUAUCUGGGCUUCUUGUCCUCGUCCCUGACCCUCAUCGGCGGGACGCUGCUCUGCGCGUCCUGCCAGAGAGAGGUGCCCCGUGUCCCCUACCAGCUGCCCCCACGGGGACCGCGCUCCGCGCCCCCCUACGUGCCCCCCGCCGCCUUGAAGGACAACUACGCUCCCUCGCUGACUUCCGCCUCCCGCAGCAGCUACAGGCUCCAUGACUAUGUGUGAGGCGCAAGGGCGUCUCCCCCGGCGCAGGGAGCCGGAAGGGACGGGUCGCCGGCGGGGCCGGACACAAGCUGGCAUCCACGGGCUGUUGACUGUCCUGAUUCUGUAUCCCCGGGGAAACGGGAGCUCAACAAACUUCGCCUGGAACCCAAGGCGGGAGGAGGGAGGGAAGAAAGGCAGGAGGCCGCAAUCGGGGAAUACCGGAUUGCUUGGCGGCUUCUGCGUGACCAUAGUCAUGGCUCCGGGUCCGUG